AUCCUCCGCAGCCCUCUAACACUGCUCUCUCAUCACAGACUCAUCACACAGCUUCCAGAGACUCAAAGAAGGAGAGCUCAUCACCACAGACUCAUCACUCAACCUCCAGUCACUCAAAGAAGAAUCACUCACCACAGACUCAUUACACAACUUCCAGAGACUCAAAGAGGGAGAGCUCAUCACCACAAACUCAUCACUCAACCUCCAGUCACACAAAGAAGAAUCACUCACCACAGACUCAUUACACAACUUCCAGAGACUCAAAGAAGGAGAGUCAUUCACCACAGACUCAUCACACAACUUCCAGAGACUCAAAGAAGGAGAGCUCAUCACUACAGACUCACCACUCAACCUCCAGUGAGUCAAAGAAGAAUCACUCACCACAGACUCAUCACAUAACCUCAACACACACAAAGAAGGAGAGUCAUUCACCACACACUCAUCACACAACAUUUAGAGACACAAAGAAGGAGAGCUCAUCACUACAGACUCACCACACAAGCCCCACAGACACAAAAAGGGAGAGUUCAUCACUACAAACUCAUCACACAACCUCCACAGACACAAGGAAGGAAAGUCAUUCAUCACAGACUCACCACGCAGCCUCCAGCAACUCAACGAAGAACCGCUCACCACAGACUCAUCACACAAGCUCGAGAGACACAAAACACAAGAAUCUUCAAGUGCCAUCCCACCACACAACCUCCAUAGACUCAAAACAGGAGAACGGACGACGGAACAGUGACACCAACACCACAAGAGACCUGGCAUACUCCGGGCACUUCCUCGACACUUGCUGGGAUGAAUGGCCUCCUCUACCCAUGCCACCUGAUCCUCCCUCCGCUACUGAUGCCCCAAGAUAUCCCUCUCCUUCCAUGCCCCUUCAGAACAACCCACAAGCUCCUAGUAUGGAAGUAAAUACGAGUAACUUAACCCACGCCACAGCCAUCAACGCAAGCAACCCUGGAAACGUUGGUACAAGCAUAACCAGGUCUCCCGCACUUUCGUCACCACAGAAAACUGAACUAGUGAGGGAUGGACUGAAGAAAACCCGCACCCCACCUCUCACGACAGCCCUAAGCAGACCUAAUUUAACCAGGCCACCACCACAGACCCUCCCGACAGCCCUACCAGCCCCAGAAUCAGCCCUACCAGCCCCAGUGACAGCCCUUCCAACUCCUAUACUAGCCCAGUCUGCCCCAUCAAUACCCUUAGCAUUAGACCCAUUAGCAUCAUCACCAGUACUUCCAGCCCCAGCACCAGCCCUUCCAGCCCCAGCACCAGCCCUUCCAGCCCCAGCACCAGCCCUUCCAGCCCAAGCAACAGCCCUACCAGCCCCAGUAACAGCCCUUCCAGCUCCAAUACUAGCCCAGUCAGCCCAAUUAUCAUCACGAGCAGCACUCCUACCCCCAGCACCAGCCCUUCCAGUCCCAGCAACAGCCCCUCCAGCCCAAUCAGCCCCAGUAUCAUCACCAGCAGCCCUUCCAGCCCCACCACCAGCCCAAUUAGCAUCCGUAAGACAUGCCGGAGCAGUGGAUGACAUCGAGACACAAGACCUCUUCCGAGCAGAGCCACAGGAGGAUGAGACCCUACACAGAAGCAUUGCCCACAGACGUCCCUGGAGGCAUAGAGCAACGCAGAGUGGCACGGAAAGUUCGGGAAGCACCACCACCACCACCACCACCAGUAAAAAUGGGAGGGAGAUGAACUGCGGAAGGGUGAACGAGGAAGAGGAUAGCAGUCAGGAUGUGGAGUUUGUACGAGGGACGGUGGAAGACUUGACACUAGCGGAAGAUGACGUAAGAUCGCAGGAGGAAAGGGAUAGUGAGAUCUCUCGGCAAAUCCACAGAAGAAACGUUUUACAGAGUCAUCUUAGAGAGAGAGACAAACAGACAGACGUAACCAUGAGAAAACUUGAUAAGAGAGAAACGGGAGAGAGCGGAGCGAGUGAAACAACGUACGUAGCAGUGAGAGGCAGGGAGGAUGAGGACAUGGAGCACGGCAUACCAGAGGACGCAAUGGACCUACACAUGAAGGAUAUGGACGUCACGCAGUUUCUAACCCCGACGCAACUGCAAUUUCACCCACACACAACCCAUGCAGCGACCCCUCACCCACCCCAUGGAAAAACCGCACACAGGGGGAGGGAUGACGGUACGCAACAACCACCGGAGCAGAAUAUAAGCAUCCGUAUGUUGAAGAAAGGAAGAGGAGGAAGAGGCGGAACGGAGAUACAGGCUAAUAUGACCCCCACCAAACUUGACCGAACCGAUACAAGAUGUGGUGAGGGAAGAACGUCAACCGAGAUUAAUGAAAAUAUGGUUGAUGACAGUGAAGAAAGUGAGGAUUUGAAGAUGCCUAGGACUGCCACAACCAAGAAACUGGACAUAUUCACCCAUCCUGCAACCAAAAAUGAGAUAAAGGGAAAAAUAUAUCCCCAGAAUAAUGAAAAUAUGGUUUAUGAUUGUGAGGAAAGUGAGGAGAUGAAGAUACCUCAGACUUCCACAACCAAGAAACCAGACACAUUCAACCAUCCUGCAACCAAAAAUGAGAGAAAGAGAAAAAUAUACCCCCAGAAUCAUGAAAAUAUGGUUGAUGUUAGUGAUGAAAGUGAGGAGAUGAAGAUGCCUCAGACUUCCACCACCAAGAAACCAGACAUAUUCAACCAUCCUGCAACCGAAAAUGAAAGGAAGAGAAAAAUAUACCCCCAGAAUCAUGAAAAUAUGGUUGAUGUUAGUGAUGAAAGUGAGGAGAUGAAGAUGCCUAAGACUUCCACAACCAAGAAAGCAGACAUAUUCAACCAUCCUGCAACCGAAAAUGAAAGGAGAAGAAAAAUACACUCCCAGAAUGCUGAGAAAAUGAGUGAUAAUGAUGGCGUUGAUAGUGAGGAGGUGAAGAUGCCUAACGCUUCCACCACCAAGCAACCAGACACAUUCAACCAUCCUGCAACCGAAAAUGAGAGGAAGAGAAAAAUGACGACGCAGAGUGAUGAAAUAAAAGACGAUAGAAAUAAUAAUUGUAUAGAUAACGAAAAAAUGAAGAUGGUUUGCCCUUCCACUAACAGACACACAAACGCACGCACUCACACCACCCCAGAGAACGAGAGAAGGAGAAAAAUGCAGAAAAGGGGAGAUGAAGAAGACGAUGAUGAUGAUGGUGUAGAUAGUGGAAUGAAGAUGACGGGUCGCCCUUCCACUAACAGACACACAAACGCACGCACUCACACCACCCCAGAGAACGAGAGAAGGAGAAAAAUGAUAAAUAAAGUGGAUGGAAAUGAUGAUGAAAGUGUAAUUAGAAGAAUGCCACGGACCUCCACCUCCUCCACCAUCGCCUCCACAUCUGUUAAGCAAGUGGAAGAAAUGAGAAGAAUGCAGGAGAUGGAGGUGGAAGAAGAUGAACAGGUGGAUGAAAAGUGGAGAUUGCCAAAGAGAGAUAAAGAUGGGCAUACUCACUCCACCUCCACCACCUCCACAUCCAUGAAAGAAGUGGAGGAAAUGAGAAGAAUGCAGGAAACAGAAGUGGAGGAGAGAGAACAACUGGAAAAGUGGAAAUUGAACAAGAUAGAUAAAAAUAGACCUCUCCACUACACUUCCACCCCCUCCACAUCCAUGAAGAAAGUGGAAGAAAUGAGAAGAAUGAAGGGACUAGAAGUGGCAGAAGAACAAAUGGAGAAAAAAGAAGUGGAAAAGUGGAAAUUGACAAAGAGAUAUAAAGAUAGACCUCUUGACUCCACCUCCACCCCCUCCACAUCCAUGAAAAAAGUGGAAGAAAUGAGAAGAAUGAAGGGACUAGAAGUGGAAGAAGAACAAAUGGAGAUAAAAGAAGUGGAAAUGUGGAAAUUGACAAAGAGAUAUAAAGAUAGACCUCUUCACUCCACCUCCACCCCAUCCACAUCCAUGAAAAAAGCGGAAGAAAUGAGAAGAACGCAGGAAACGGAAGUGGAGGAAAAAGAAUACAUGGAAAAGUGGAAAAUGACAAAGAUAGAUAUGGAUAGACCAUUCCACUCCACUUCCACCCCCUCCACAUCCAUGAAAAAAGCGGAAGAAUUUAGAAGAACGCAGGAAACAGAAGUGGAGGAAAAAGAAGAUGUGGAAAUGUGGAAAUCACCAAAAAUAGACAAGUUCAACCAUACCACCUCCACCACCACCACCAAGAAAUUAGACCAUGUGGAAGAAACUGCGGUGGAAGAAUGGACAUUACCGAAGGGAGAUGAAGAUGGGCCCAUCCUCACCACCGCCAUCACCACCGUCGACGGCCGCUGUGUCCUCCUGACGGUGUGGGAGGGUGCGCUGGGGCUGUGGCGGUUGUCUGCGGAGUCUGGGGUGUGGUCGCUGCUCGGAAGGACAGAGUGGAGCUUCAAGGGAGGGGCUGCUAUGAGGGAUGUGAGUGUGGAGGGGCUGCCGUCGGGGGAGGAGGUGCGGUUCCUGGCGGUGGUGCGGAAGAAGGUGGAGCAGGAGGAGGAGGAGGAGGUGGAAGAAGUGGAGAUCAUGUACAUCCAGUUUAGCCUCCUAGUGGGUGACUGGCUGCUGUCAUCCACUCACAUCCACCCUCCAGUCAGAGGCACACCCACCCACACCCUCUGUACCGUGGGGGAGUGGAGCGCCGCGGUCUGCUGGUGGUCCGCGUCACCCCCAGGCCAGGCGGGAACCCUCACCACGCUGGACUUUGACGUGGCGUUCUCCCGGAGGGGCCGACGGUGGGAGCUGAUCUGUCGCCCUACCACUGUCGCCCUGCCUGAUGGGUGUGUCUCAGGGGGAGGUGGUACUGUUGUGUCUCUCCUUAACGAGUCAGGACCCACCGGACUGUUAGUGUGUUGGUCAGCUGCCACCGCGACCUUGACCUUGUUUGACCCCCUGAAGAGUGCUGUGAUUGGCCGAGUUCCCUGGCCGAUGGGAGGACCACUCUGGGCCAUGGCUGUGGAGGAGCUGCUUUUCCUAGUAUCACACCCACUAGGCCGCGGACCCCCCCAGGCCAUCACCCUCACUGCCCUCAACCCUCUGAAUGCCCAGCGUGACACCCUCCUGACCCUGGGGGAUGUGUCUGGCGGAGGAGGUACCAGGGGGGGAGGGGUGACUGGGGUAGGCCUACAGGUGGGGCGGCUCAUCCUUAGUUUUGGUAGGGGGGAUGGGGUGCAUGUUUACCUAAGGGGGGGUAUGUGAGAGAGAGAGAGAGAGAGAGAGAGAGAGAGAGAGAGAAUGAAAAAAUAUUUGUAUAUGUUAAAGAAAUUCUGCCUUAUUAGAGAGAGAGAGAGAGAGAGAGAGAGAGAGAGAGAGAGAGAGAGAGAGAGAGAGAGAGAUUGUGCCUUAUUAUAGAGAGAGAGAUAGAUUUCUAUGUGAUAAACUAAUGGUGCAUUUUAGAGAGAGAGAGAGAGAGAGAGAGAGAGAGAGAGGGAGUUUGCAGUUUGAUAAGAAAGAUUAUUUAUUUUUCAAUACAAAAAUUAUACAGCACACCCUCGCUUUUUACAGACCUCCGUACAUAUAAUGAACUUUGGCUUUAGUGAACUUUUUGGGUCAGUCUGAUAUAUAUGAGGACUUCAAAGGUUUGGUAAGUUCGGUAAGUUCGGUGGUGGAUCACUCAGGCGUGUUCUCAGACCCUUCCACCUCAGAAGAAGGGUCAGACAACCACCAGGGGCAUUAACCCGGUAGCUGUGGGGAUCAUGUUUCUUAAUGGUCCCUCUAAGCGAGAAUAAUGAGAAAUAAUCAUCACUCACACAAACCAUUUCAUAAUAUAUAAACGCAUUUGUGAUCAGUUUAUGCAGCAUCUAUU